ACUGACUGUUCUCCUGAAUCUGUCACGAAGUAAACUCAUGCUUAUGCGGCAAAUGUCAUUGCCGUAAACGCAACUUGUCCGCAGAAUUUGCUUGUACCUACACAUUUCGCUGAUAAAAAAAAAAAUGGCACAAAAGAAGGCUUUAUUCAUUUGCUUAGGAAACAUUUGUCGAUCACCGAUUGCCGAGGCAGUGUUCAUUGAUGAAGUAAAGAAAGCUGGUGAGGAAUCCAAAUGGGAGAUUGAUAGUGCGGCAAUUGGUUCAUGGCAUGUGGGGCGCAGCCCGGAAAGCCGAGCACAGGCCACAAUGAAAAAACAUAAUCUCGCUUACAACAACAAAGCCCGACAGAUUAAAACACCCGACUUCAAAAAAUAUGACUACAUUUUCGGUAUGGAUGAGGAAAACAUUGCGGAUUUGAAAGAACGAUGCCCAAAAGAUGGAACAGCCAAAAUUUUGAUGCUAGGUGAUUUCGAUCCCGAAGGCGAUCGCAUCAUUCGUGACCCAUACUAUGAUGGUGGAUCUGAGGGAUUCGAAAAGUGUUAUCAACAAGCGGUGCGCAGUUGCAAGGGAUUUCUAGAGAAAGUUGCCCAACAUAAAAUCUAAAACAAUGAAGAAAAAAAAUUGUUAAAAUUCCAUUUGGUGAGGAGAAAAAAAAAACGCGAAAUAAAAUUGUUAAACUGUAA